AUGUCCUCCUCCGCACUAAAUGGCACUCAGAAACCCAACGGCGUCAACGGCCACCACUCUUCACAGCCGGUAUGGUCACCGAAGGAAGUUCUCGAUGGCCCUAAACGCACCUCCUUCGCAUUCGACUCGAUGGAAGACGCCCUAGCCGCUUUCAAAGCCGGAGAAUUCCUCGUAGUAAUGGACGACGAGAACAGAGAGAACGAGGGUGAUCUUAUCAUCGCUGCCAGCCAGUGCUCAACCGAGAAGAUGGCUUGGAUGAUCAAACAUACCAGCGGAUACAUCUGCGUCGCACUCCCGGGUGACCGGCUGGAGGAACUCAACAUCCCGAUGAUGGUUCCCGAGAACGAGGAUAGACACAGGACAGCUUACACCGUUACUGUCGAUUACAAGCAUGGCACGACAACAGGUAUCUCAGCACACGACCGCGCUCUAACCGUCCGAGCACUCGCCUCUCCUACCUCCCGCGCAGAGGACUUUAGCCGUCCAGGCCACAUGGUCCCCCUCCGCGCACGCACAGGCGGCGUCCUCACUCGCAAAGGACACACCGAAAGCGCAGUCGACCUCUGCCUCCUCACAGAUCAACCCCUCGCCGGUGUACUCUGCGAGAUCGUCAACGACGAUGCCCAGGGAACCAUGGCCAGACGGGAUGAUUGCAGGGCGUUUGCGGAUAGGUGGGGGGUGAAAAUGAUUAGUGUGGAGAUGUUGGCGGAGUGGAAGAGGAACAAGUUGGCCGGAGAGGGGCGGAAGUAG